GUGAGACGUGUCCACCACUUUUGAGGGCAGUUCGCAGGUCCUUCUUCGUCAGGUAUAUGCAGCGAUUGUGUCCCGAUUCCGUACCGGCAUGGACUCGAGACCGGGAUUGAAGAAUGAGCCUUCGGCUGGUCUGGGGAUCUUGGAAUCAAACUCAGGAACUUGGUUUCUUCCCUCGUCUCUCCCUCCCUCACUCUCUCCUCUUGAUCUGAGGACAGGGAGAAUGUAAAGUGGAACCUCUGAUAACAAACUCCCCUAACAGUGAAAACCUCUCUAUAAUGAACUUAUUUCCAUGUAUGUACCAACUACCUUUAC